AUGCUUGCAUCCAGAAAGCGGCCCACGCCGCUGCUAUGCACCCUCACGCUCAUUCUGAUUGUACUCUUCUACCACAGCAACAAUGCAAACUCGAUAUAUCAGCACUGGUCGACCACCGUCGACUCGCGGCCUGUCCAGAUCCCGGCAAACAGCACCCUAGGUUUUGGUGCAGUCGUUGUCAUCUCGAAAGAAGGUUCGGACCGGCGCCAUGCCCUGCUCCAGUCAGCAAACGUCACCGACGUAAACCUUACCAUACCGAAGCAGCCUGCGUGGACCGAAGGCGACUUGCAGAGGUUCAUCAACGGUCAAGAGGAUGCUCAGCGAGGCUCGAUUCUAGCGUGGUUGGGCCAUCGCAAUGCCCUUCAAUGGUUCCUCGACUCUGGCCUGGAGACUGCCCUCGUCCUGGAAGACGAUGUCGACUGGGACAUUCGGCUGCGCAGCGUCCAGAUCCCUCUCGCGGCCAGUGCCGUGCGACAACUCUUACCAGCACCACCAGCUCCACGCUCUUUCCGUUUCGGCCACCAUGCCAAGAACGAUACGAACUACUGGGGCGACCACAAGGACUGGGACCUACUCUACCUAGGCCACUGCGGCGACUACUUUGAGGAAGUCACUGAACAAGGACCGCGACUCGACAAGCACUACAACCUGACCAAUAUGCCACACAUCCAGUACAGAGACCCCACACUACCUCCCCCAUCGGACUUGCAUCCAUUUACGCAAACACUGUUUGACACGAUGAGCAUACCUGCGCAUACUAGAGUCAUCCACCGUUCCAAGUUCCCACUCUGCUCUUUUGGAUAUGCUCUCACACGCCCUGCCGCCCAGCGACUACUGGAUGACCUUGCACCCCCGAAACUUACAAAGGGUGGACCCCGAGCAUUCGAUGUAGCCCUCCUGAACUCCUGCCGGAAAGGAGCAAAGACGCCUUCGCCAACACCAGCGCAAGGCAACCCAGUACCCCACCCCAAUCCCGAGCUACGACACAAGUACGCGAGCCCCGGACUGCGCUGCUGGACACUCAACUCAGAACUUUUCCACCAUAUGCCUGGCCCCAGUCUAAUCGACGAGAUCGGCACUGAAUCAGGCGAAGGACCUGGCGUUCCGCCUGUCGACCUCGCCGGCCAGGCACAAGUUGUUUACCGCAAUGAGACCACAAACAUCGACUGCGGCUUUUGGAGUGGCGCAUUUGGCUUCGAUGAAGACGACACGGAACGCCUGCGAUUCCUCCAGGAGCACGUUGGACGAAGAGGCAAAUGCCUAAAAGAUGACCGCGAGGAAGACGAAGUCGACGCGAUCCAGGCAAUUGAGGAGACCACCACACAAAAACCCAUGUUCCGACACACAACACGCUCAAUAUGA